GGGGAGGUGGACGGACGGGAUUGGUCAGCGACAGACUGGCUGACCUCAGCACUGCCACCCACCACAGUGCCUCAGUAUAAAGGCUGCGGUGCAUCCUCAGCCUCCGCUCUCUGGAUACGCAGCACACAGCUUCUGACCAGGCAGACCCUGAGGCGAGAACAAGUCAGAUAACGAUGACCGACCUGGAGACCUCCAUGGCGACCAUGAUCGCAGUGUUUCGCAAGUAUUCGGAGAGAGAAGGAGACAAACACAAACUGAAGAAGAGCGAGCUGAAGGACCUGCUGCACGACGAGCUGCCCGAUCUGAUGACGCACGUGAAAGACCAGGCCGAGAUGGACAGCCUGAUGGAGAGCCUGGACACCGACGGCGACGCCGAGUGCAACUUCCAGGAGUUCAUGACUUUCGUCUCCCUGGUUACCGUCUGUUGCCACGAGUUUUUCGAGCAUGAGGCCGAGUAACGAGGCGGUGACCUUGGACGGGAUUGAAAGAGGGGGCUUAAGUAAAUUGUAAAAAAAAAGAAAAAAAAGAAGCAAGAAGCCCGGCAACGCAGAGCCUUCUCGACGCCCGGGCAAAACAUGAAUCUAGCCCGAAAAGUUGGGCUGAAAUCUACCAUGUUUUCCAGAUCUUACUAUUUACUACUCACUCAAUAUCUAGAUAGCUUCGAAUGUUGUCAAGAUUUUGGUGUAGCGACAAACUCACUUCUGAAAGUCGACCAGUUAACGUAGUUGAAAUGUUGGCUCUCUUUAAUAACCCUUAGAUUGUUGAUUGGCUAGUGAAAGAUUAAAAAAUUCUCUCUUCUGUUCUAGCAGUCAACCUUCAUUUCAGUGAUAUUAUAUAUAAAGUUUAUAAAUGACUAGCAGAUUUUGGAUGUGGCUAAUGAUUUUUUCAUGCACCAAUCAUACGCGUUUACAAAAUCUUAGGAGGCCAUAACAGACUAUAGCCAGAAGAGUCACUUUCUAGAGAUCCCUGCAUGUGAAAGACCGAGUUGAUUAAACAUUAAAAGUGAUGCAAGUUGGUCAAUAUUUGAAAAAAACACUUGAUUGGCUUGUAGAAGUUUCUAAAUGUCUUGUGAGUUUGAGCUGCUCUCGCUGCUAAUUUGGUAGAAUCCGGUUAAAAAUGUGAAAAGUGACCGGUACAAUUGCGAAAUGGCUUGCAAGUCUCUUUCGUGAGGUAACUGCUGAACGAAUAAUAAUUUGAGACAUGUUCAAAUGUUGAGUUGGCUGCUGAAAUAAUCAAAAAAUGUUGCUUGUAGACUAGAUGAGUUUUCCCUCCAGCUGUGACGCUGUUAAGAGUUUGAAUCCAGUAGAAACUGUCAAACAAUCCACGCAGAGAAAACGUAGCUCUGGACGUGUUAAUCAAAAGAGUGUGGAACAGAGAAGUCGUGGUGACGUGACGAUGGAUGUUUUGAAAUGUGCAGAUUUGCUGGUUUGUUUGGACGUUGGCGAUAUGAUUAAAUUAUCAAUCUAU